ACACAGGUUGAAGCAGAAAAAGAGGAAACAUAGAGGUACCAAAGGAACAAAGACACAAUGAUGUCAUCCAAGCCAACAAGCCAUGCUGAAGUACAUGAAACCAUACCCAACCCUUACCCACCAAGCAGCUUCAUGGCUCCUGGAUUUCAACAGCCUCCGGGUUCAAUCAACUUAGAAAACCAAGCUCAGGGUGCUCAGCGUGCUCAGCCCUACUUCAUCACAUCUCCAGGAACCUUUGCUAGCAGUCAACCGGGUCAAGGAAAUAUACAAAUGAUAAAUCCAAGUGUGGGAACAGCAGUAAUGAAAUUCAAAGAAGAAGCAAAGGCACUAGGGGUGAUCCAGAUCAUGGUUGGAUUGAUGCACAUUGGUUUUGGAAUUGUUUUGUGUUUAAUAUCCUUCUCUUUUAAAGGAGUAUUAGGUUUUGCCUCUACUGCUUUUAUUGGUGGAUACCCAUUCUGGGGUGGCCUUUCUUUCAUUAUCUCUGGCUCUCUCUCUGUGUCAGCAUCCAAGGAGCUUUCCCGUUGUAUGGUGAAAGGCAGCCUGGGAAUGAACAUUGUUAGUUCUAUCUUUGCCUUCAUUGGAGUGAUUCUGCUGCUGGUGGAUAUGUGCAUCAAUGGGGUAGAUUUCCAAGACUACUGGGCCGUGCUUUCUGGAAAAGGCAUUUCAGCCAUGCUGAUGAUCUUCUCCCUCUUGGAGUUCUUCAUAGCUUGUGCCACAGCCCAUUUUGCCAACCAAGCAAACACCACGACCAAUAUGUCUGUCCUGGUUAUUCCAAAUAUGUAUGAAAACAACCCUGUGACACCAGCAUCUUCUUCAGCUCCUCCCAGAUGCAACAACUACUCAGCUAAUGUCCCUAAAGAGUAAAAGAAAAAGGGGUAUCAGUCUAAUCUCAUGGGGAAAAGCUACUUGCAGAAAUUUCUUAAGAAGAGGUCUUUUAUUGUCCACAAGGAUUUCUAGUCUUUAAAAACUGUUUGAGAGUUGUUUUUAGGUUGGUCGCUAAUGAUGGCUGUAUGUCCCUUCACUGUCUCUUCCUACAUUACCACUACUACAUGCUGGCAAAGGUGAAGGAUCAGAGGACUGAAAAAUGAUUCUGCAACUCUCUUAAAGUUAGAAAUUUUUCUGUUCAUAUUACUUUUUCCUUAAUAAAAUGUCAUUAGAAACAAAA